UGAUAUUAUACAUGAUAUAUUUUGAUUAUUCACAGCAUGAUAUUAAGCGGCAUGGGUGUGUGAAUUAUUUUUUUUUUUCAGUGAGAGCGUAUUCACGUCACAGCGCUUGGGGUGGGCAGUGACACUUAAAAUGCUGUAGCUGUGACAGCCGCGAGUCCAGUCUACCAAAGUGAAGAAGGUGAUGUGAUGAACCGGGUUGAACCGGUCAAAGAAAUGUGAACAAAAACAAACAAGUGAGCAAUAAAAUAAUAAUAAUAAAAAAAAUCUCCCAACAGGCUGGUAGAAGAUUGGAAAGACAUCGUUUUUUAUUCUACAAGUGAUUGAAUAAAUCAGAACCAAGCAGUUGGGUUAACGGAUACAGUCUGAAAGAGCGAGUGCGAGAUAAAGGAGGACUAAAAUUAUUGAGAAACUUUACCCGUGGGAAGGCGGGGGGGAUAAAAGGAUGACAGUGGUGGUUGGAGAGAAAGUGGACGAGACGGUGUCACUGACAGCCCACGAUGUCUAUUCGGAGCAAGCGGAUCAGGAUUGCUGCGAGAGGGUGGUCAUCAACAUCUCCGGCUUACGCUUUGAGACCCAGCUCAAGACCCUUGCGCAGUUCCCCAACACCUUGCUGGGAGAUCCUAGGAAAAGAAUGCGCUUCUUCGAUCCCUUGCGGAAUGAAUACUUCUUCGACAGGAAUCGUCCCUGCUUCGAUGCAAUCCUUUAUUAUUACCAGUCUGGCGGGAGACUGAGGCGACCGGUCAAUGUACCUGUCGACAUUUUUAUGGAGGAAAUCAAAUUUUACGAGUUAGGAGACGAGGUGAUUGAAAAUUUCAAGGAGGAAGAAGGUUUUAUAAAAGAAGAAGAGCGCCCAUUACCUGACAACGAAUACCAACGCCAGAUCUGGCUGCUGUUUGAGUAUCCAGAUAGCUCGGGACCUGCUCGGGGUAUUGCCAUAGUAUCUGUGCUGGUUAUUUUGAUAUCUAUUGUCAUAUUCUGUUUGGAGACACUGCCAGAGUUCAGAGAAGAAAACCGGCACACUGAAAGCAACUUUGCCACCAACGGGACCAACCAUAUUAAGCCCAACCCGUUCACUGACCCUUUCUUCAUCGUGGAGACACUUUGCAUUAUCUGGUUUUCCUUUGAGCUCAUGGUGAGAUUCUGUGCCUCUCCGAGCAAGCCUGCUUUCUUUAAAAACAUCAUGAACAUGAUCGACAUAGUUGCCAUCAUUCCUUAUUUCAUCACCCUGGGCACCGAGCUGGCUGAGCACCAGGGAAACGGGCAACAAGCCAUGUCAUUGGCGAUCUUAAGAGUCAUUCGUCUGGUCAGAGUCUUUAGGAUUUUCAAGCUCUCCAGGCACUCUAAGGGGCUCCAGAUCUUGGGAAAGACGCUCCAGGCGAGCAUGAGAGAGCUGGGGCUGCUGAUAUUCUUUCUGUUCAUUGGUGUCAUUCUGUUUUCCAGCGCUGUCUAUUUCGCAGAGACCGACGACCCGUCCUCAGUGUUUACCAGCAUCCCAGAGGCGUUCUGGUGGGCGGUGGUAUCCAUGACCACUGUGGGUUAUGGUGACAUGUAUCCUGUGACAAUUGGUGGCAAAAUUGUAGGUUCCUUGUGUGCCAUUGCAGGGGUGCUGACAAUUGCGCUGCCUGUGCCAGUGAUCGUCUCAAAUUUUAACUACUUCUAUCACAGGGAGACCGAGCAUGAGGAGCAAUUCCAGUACACACAUGUAACAUGCGGGCAGCAGCAGCCCUCUGAACUGAAACACAGUAACAGCCAGCCAUCUAUUAGCAAAUCAGAUUACAUGGAAGAAACCGAUUUAGAUGCAUUAAAAUAUACCAACUAUACCCCCCAAAUGCGCUACAUUGGGAAGCUAACUGAUGUAUGAACCGAAACGAAAAGGGACAACGUGAAAAACAACGUACAUUUUUCAUUCGGCACUUUUGCUUAAAUAAUAAACAACCUCUUAUGUAGAGUACUCCUAAUGCGCAGAAGCGAGGAAUAUUUUGAAAUUUGGAAGCCGAGGCAUGGGUUGUGAACCGUAAGUUAUUAUUAUUUUUUAAUAUAAUUAUUACUGCUUUCCAUCCACAAGCUGUCUUCCACUUUUGUACAUUCGUCGUCAGCAAUUUGCUUAAAAAAAUAAAAAAAUAACAUGCAAACGGGAUUUCAUGCGUAUGCCCUUUCCCUGUCUUUAUCGCACUUUAUUAAACAGGCUUUGUCUGUGUGGGAACACUGAGACACUGACGUUUUAGGUUAUGUGUGAGAAUGAAGGCUUGGGAUUGAGCACAAAUCCUAACAUAAAUGGUUAAUAAAUUGAAUAGCGGCAUAUUUGACUUUCACGCAUGACAGCUGACAGAACAAUUAAAGUUAAACGCCAGCAAGGUCAUACUGUGUGGCAGAGACGACCUGCCUUGUUGAGUUUUCUCAUGUGGUCACGUAUUUUCCGUGAGAGUCACUCCAAAAGCAUCAUUCACACCGUUAAUUAUGAGGAAUUAACGGAGUUGGAUGGAUUCUUGCCACGAUGCCAUGGCCUUUUCUAGAUGAAACACACCACUGAUUUUGUACGUGUGUAUUUGAAGGCUGCAUGCACCGCAUCAUAAAGUAAAGGCAGAUGGCAAGGAGACGUGACCAGCAGACAGAAAGCCAACAAGCCACUCAUCGCAUAUCUGUUAAAAACUGACCCCCACAAUCCUUAUGUGCGUAUAUUUUGCUGCCAGCAUUGAUCAACAGCCCUUUUAAUCCUGACUUUGCCCCUUCUUUUCUACCAACCAACCGACCUUUUUGUUUGUACUGCAGAGAUAAUUCAGUUUUUUAAAACGUUUAAAAUAAUGAAAAGUAUAUUUGAUUUGCACAUUUACAAUACAAUCGUUUUAUACAAUUAUGUUUACAUCAGAAGAUAUUAAUUUCAUUUUUGCCCUCCCCUCUCCGCUCCGAAAUGUUUAUUACCUGCAAGUGCCUGCUAUGAUAAUAAAAUUGAGGGGGGUCUGUAAAAUAGAUAUAUAUAUAUUUUUUUUAAUUAUAAUUAUUAUUAAUGACAAAUUGUUUUCUCUUGUAAGUAGCCAAUGUUUACCAUGUUGCAAAUGAAACAGACUACUCUAAAACAUUAUCUUAGAGCGCCACUGUGUGGGAGAAUGAGAAUCAAGCGCCUUUUGAGAUCUGGGUUUCUAUAGCAACCUUCCAGACAGUUAUUCAUACAGUACAAUACAUCUUGACACUGCAACAGAUAUGCAGUCUGGUGUUUAUUUUAACGAGAAAGAACACAAUAAACAAACAAACAAACAAAACAAAUAAACAAAUAAAUAAAUAAAUAAAUAAAUAAAGACGUAUGUUAUUUUAAAAAUCCAUUAAGUUCUUCAUGGCUAAAAUAGUUUAAGCAAAGACAUCAUAGUAGUCUGUUGGUAUUGAUUGGAACAAAUACAGUAGCUAUGAAGUGGCUUGCAAGCAAAUGACCGCCCUUUUUCUGAUAGAUUAAAUGGUAGCCAUAUUAAUCCAGAUAUGAUAGACAAAGAGAAGGAGAUGCGGUACCUUUUAUUGGACUAACUAAAUAAUAAUUAUUCACAAGCUUUCAAGACCUCAAAGGUCUCUUCAGGUGAAAGUAGGAAACACCUGAACUUUGAUGCAAUAAUGAGGAUGCAGAAGGGAAUAUCAAUCUUGACCUUCUGUAAACAAUAACAACGACAACAGUAACAACAACAACAACAAAACACUACACGUUCAACAAAUAAAUAUAUCAAUACCCAAAAGGCCACAUUUUAUUUAUUAUUUUGACCAAAGCAAAUAUACAGCAACCUUCACAUUCUUCGCUGUAAUUAGCAACUGAAACGAAAUCGUUUAACUCUGGAAAGUCAGAAAAAAACAAAUCGGAUUAUUAAAAGUGGAAGGUGUGGAUUCUUUAGAGUGAAAUAGUCAUUGGACACAAUGAAGUGAUUCUGAUACUGAGCUCCAAAUACAAUCGUGCGCUGGUAGGAAGAAGUAGAGAAAGAAGCGUCCCGCAUUUGCUGGGAAUAGAACCUGUGCUCCUGCUUGUCACUGAUGGAGGUACCCGCAGUAUGAAAGUCGCCCGGAAUAUGUGGACCUCCAAGUCGCAGCAUGACCCGGAAUCGCACAAGCUGAAAGGGACUUUGCAACGACGUGUCUUCCUGUGAAAUGGAAUAGAAACGACGAUGGGUUGGCAAUAGCAUUAAAAAGAGGACGUUUGGUUGAUAAUAAAAGGAGGAGACAGAAGCAAGGAGAUGACCUCACACGCACCCACCCCCACUCCCCC